UCCUAGCGUCGGCCUGUCUAGUUCUUUUGGCGAUCCUCGGCACCGCGACUUCGGCCUCUCUUCCCAGAAACCUUUUUCUCCGUCUUCUACGGUUUUUUUUCUCCGUGUCAGUGUUGUUUACCUUCUCCUCGUGCAGGACGUGUUGGUUUUGAUGGACUCUCAGAAUUUCGAACAGUUUUUCGUGUGUUUUUGCUCUCUUCUGACAAGUGUUGUGCCGUAUUUCUUGUCUCUUCUGACAAGUGUUGUGCCGUCCUUAUUGAUGUUGUGUGUUUUGUGAUGUUCGAGGCUUCCCGCUUUCCAGUUCAAAGCGCUUUCACCAUGGAGUGGAUCCUCGUGUUUUUGUUCUCGUCGUUGGUGAUUCCGGAAAUUUCCGGCUCCGUGGACCCCGAGCUGGCGAAAUCGAUCGAAUCGAACCUGCUGCUUUUGCUGCGGAUGCCAUCGCGACCCGCCGUGGACCGACGGAAGGCAUUUAUCCCGCCGCACAUGCUGGAACUUUACCGGAAACAGGCAAACUCUGAGUAUGAGACUGUGAAUCUCCCGCUCCCUGGUCAGCACACCCUUUCCGCCAAUACGGUCACGUCGUUUUUCCAUACAGGUGAUCCAGCCGACUCCCAAACCAGCGAUCCCUCGAAAGGGAGCCUCAACUUCGACAUCUCAACGCUACCCAGCACAGAGGGCAUCACAGCGGCCGAGCUACGGUUGACUAUCUCCGCAACCGGAGGCCCUGGUCCGCACUACCAGACGAUCCGGGUGCACGACGUCAUCCAACCGGGAAUCUCCGGGAAGACGCAGCCGAUCCUCCGACUCCUGGACACGAAGCAGGUGGACGUGAGCCGCUCCAACGGCGUGAGCCUGGACAUCCUCCCGGCCGUCGAGGGCUGGCGCGCCGGCAAACCCAACUUCGGGAUCGUCGUCGAAGUCCGCACCCGUAAGGAGCCCGCGGUGCGCAUGCGCAGAUCCACGGAGACCGAAGCCGACUGGCGGGAAGCGCAACCCGUGCUCUUCAUCUACUCGGACGACGGACAGAACAAGCGACGUCGGAUAGAAGAUCUCCUGUCGCGACGAUCCCGAUCGACGGAGCGGGCUAAGGGCGGCAAGCGCAGGGACCUGUGCAAGCGGCGCCCGAUGCGUAUCGACUUCAGCGACGUGGGAUGGUCGGACUGGAUCGUAGCCCCAGCCGGGUACGAUGCCUACUUCUGCGACGGCGAGUGCCCCUUCCCGCUCCCGGAGCACAUGAACACGACGAACCACGCGACGAUCCAGACGCUGGUCAACUCGGUGAAGCCGAACCUCAUGCCGAAGCCCUGCUGCGCGCCCACCUCCCUGGAGCCCAUCUCCAUGCUCUACCUGGACAACAACGGGAAGACCGUGCUCAAGACCUACGCGGACAUGGUCGUCACCGGGUGCGGUUGUAUUUGAUCCCGAUUCUUGGCUCGUCUGUCGAGAACCCUUAAACGCUGUCGAUCUGGGGUGAUGUCGUGGUUGUUGACUUGGGUCGACUCACAAACUCAAUGUAAGGUAGCUCAAUAGGUAGAUGCUGAUUGUUUAAUACACGGAGAAAAAAACUUCGGGCGUGGGACCCGAAGUUGAGGUCAUAUGGAUCUUUGAAGUUUUCGGAUCACGCAUCCGAAAACUGCCGAAGCUGCC